AUGCAAAGCUCGUUCUGGCUUUGCUUGGGCUCCUGUGUGGCCAUGGGUGAUUUGUUUUGGGGUGAGGAGCAAGGUGCUGCACAGCUUUUUCAACCAGAGGCCUACACCUGGACAACGACUCGUGGGUUGAUCUUAACCUUUGCCUUGUGGUUCACUUCUUUGAUCAUGGCCAUUGAGCUACGCUUUGUGGUGCAACGAGCCAAGAAAUGCUUGGACUUCGUCGCGACCUACCAUAUUUUUCACCUCAUUGCCACCUGCUUUGCUGAAGGUCGGAGCCCCAGUUUCCCAGCCACCGGCGAAUGGUGGAUCAUCCAGAUCCCUGCGAUACUCACGGCUGUUCUGCUGGGCGAGUACAUGUGCAUGCAAGCAGAAACCAGAGACAUCACGCUGGGCAACAAAGGAGGCAAGAAAACCUCCAAGCCCAGCUUCGAUGAGAUUUAA